AUGGCAUUAGCGGAGAAAGUACUAAGGAAGAUUCAUAAAUUGAAUUUGAUUCCAAAGUCAAUCAGACUACUACCACGUCUUUCAUUUGUCUUGGCCGUGUUUAGUAUACUAUGGUUAGCCACUUUACCACAAGAUGGGAAUUACCGCAAUUGUUACAUUUCAGAGAAUGCAUUGAUGCCCGGACAGGUCACGUCAUAUUUUCGGGAAAGUGAAUGGAAUAUCGUUCGGGGAUAUAGGCAUGAGAUUAAGCAACUCGAACAGAAACCGAUUGAGCAGCGUAAUGAAGUUAUUACACAGUGGUUACAAGAUUUAGGCUUACCAGUUUCGCGUCACCAUAAUGGGUUCACCAACGACACUAUUUAUUCAAUCAUGCAUGCGUCUCGAGGCGAAAAUACCGAGGCAAUGGCACUAGUGGUGCCGUGGAUAAACUCGGACAAUGAGUUUAAUGAAGGGGCUAUGGCACUAGGUAUGGCAUUAAUGCGUUAUUUUCAACGUAUUUCCGUCUGGUCAAAAAAUAUCAUUCUUGUUGUUCCACCCGAUGGCAAGCAGAGUUUGAGAUCAUGGGUUAAUGCCUAUCAUACAAGUUUGGAUGACACUGCCGGGUCGAUUGAAGCAGCUAUAAUCAUGGAAUAUGGCAAACAGGGUGACAAUUUCCAAUACUAUGACAUGUUUUAUGAGGGAUUGAAUGGUCAAUUGCCUAAUCUAGAUUUACUAAAUACCGCCAACCAAAUUGGUCAACAUGAGGGUAUCAGUAGCAGUGUGCAAGGUAUCAGUGACCGUGCUAUAAAUUUCACCAAUCGAUUAAAAACUCUAUUUGCCGGGAUAUUGAGAUUGGUGGUUGCUGGUUCUAGAGAUGUGCAUGGACAUGAAGCCUUUUCUGGUUGGCAGAUUCAAGCAUUUACAAUCAAAGCUAAGGGAAGUCAAGGGCAUGAUGUGACACAAUUUGGUCGAAUCAUUGACUCUACGUUCCGAUCAGUCAAUAAUUUAUUGGAGAAAUUCCAUCAAUCCUUCUUUUUCUAUUUGAUGUUAAGUCCAAAACAUUUCGUUUCUAUUGGAACUUAUUUGCCCAGUGCUGUAAUGUUAGCGGUGGCUUAUGCUUUUGGAGCAUUAAAUGCUAUAUUGAAUUCAGGCAUUGAUAUUGAACAGAUUCCUCAACAUUUGAGCAAGUUGUUGACUACUGCGGUGACCUCAGAGGUUAUUUGUGUUGGUUUGUCCAUCAUCGUUCCACAAACGUCAUUGGUCACACUAAAGUAUGUUCCCUUGACGUUGCUGGCGUUGCCUUUAUUUUUUGCAAAUAGUCACCGGCAACAAGCUUCAAAUACUACAGGUUUUGCUUUGAUUGGAUUAGCGUUAUUGAUUAUUGCAUUCUUAAUUACUGCCUUGUUAAUUGUUCAUUUUGCAUUGGCACUUACCAUUGGGUUAUUGGCAAUACCACUAACUUUUGUGCCCACUGUGAUACAAAGGAAUAGAAAACUAGCUGUCUUGUGUUUGGUUACAUCGAAUCCAUUCUUUGUUUUUGUCCUUGCCAACGGAUACUUUGGUGAGGAUUUCUUUGCAAAUUUGAUUGCUUCUUGGAAUCAGUUGCAAUGUUGGACAUGGUUGGUUGUCAUUUUAGGAUGGUUCCCUGCAUGGUUAAUGAUUGCAUAUGCUACAACUGGUAUUAGUAUAAGCCAAGCUGGUAAGAAGACAGAAAAAGAAGAGUGA